AAGAAAUCUUCUUUUUAUAAGUUAAAGAAAACAUAGGUGUCAAAGAAAAAAGAUAGAUAGGGUGCUUUCUUGGAAAUGCUUUUCAUGAUGUCGACGACCGUCGUGAAGAAAAAUAGUCGGUGACCUCAUGCUUUACUUAAGUUGUGGCGACCGGCAGCGAGAUAAUUGGAUCUUGAAUCGGCCGGUCAACGUCACGUCUUGUCUUAUCCUUCAUCUUCCUUAUUGAUGCCUCGGAAAUCCUAUCUGUGAGAUCAAGCAAGAAAAAUCGUGUUUUUCGUGUGAUAAUCCUGCGCCAACUAGUAGGAUAUCAAAGGAAAGAAUGUGAAAUAUCAAAUGGUUCGUUUGUUUCUUCAUUCAACGUGACCCAAAUCCUCGAACAUCGAAUCGAAGCUUCGUCUGAUCGUCUGUCUUGACGAUCAUCGCCUUUGUUUCCGACGGGAGUGCGCGUUUUAUUUAUAAGUCCGUCAAUUAGCUCCGUCCUUGAAAGACAUUAGAGUCGAUGAGCGGCCGGUCGACUCGGCCAACCACGCGACACGACGACUUCACCCUCCGCAUGUCGCACCGAGAAACGUUCCUUCUACCUGAUCGAAAAGCUUUCCCACGAGGCGUCACGGCUCGUCGAUCGAAACUAACGUUCGUUCCUGCGAGCUGACGGCCAACAUUGAAAGGGAAAGAAGGAGGGAAGGUACGACGAACGAAAGUGUGGAGUGAAGAUUAGAACUCGUUGAAGAGACUAACAAAAAAUUCACCUCGAAAUGACGACUAUGGGUGUAACGGUCUUCUGCAAUAGGGUUCAAAUAAAUGGAAACGAUCAGGAACAGCUGAUGCUACUUCGAACCCUUCAGGAUAACGAGAGCAAUAUACUCGGAAAUCAGCCUCAUCUAAUAGUUCCGAAGACUAAUAACAAUAAUAAUAAUAGUGGUAGUGGUAUGGCCACGCUUAACGUUUUACCCUCUUAUGAUUCAUCGAGGUUGAAAAAACAUGGAAAAAGUGGUCAACCACCUACAGUUGCCGUAGCUAGGAGAAAUGCCAGAGAAAGGAAUCGCGUGAAGCAAGUAAACAAUGGUUUCGCUACCCUGAGACAACACAUACCGAAUCAUAUCGCGGCGGGAUACGGCGACAGGGGUAAGAAAUUGUCCAAGGUCGAAACUCUUCGAAUGGCAGUUGAAUACAUUCGAGGUCUUCAGAGAUUACUCGCAGAAGCUGAUGGUGUCGAGUACGAUUCAAAUUCUGCUUUGGGAUCUCAAUGUGUUCCCUCGCCUACGAGCAGCGUCGUUUCCUCAAGUCACAAUGGUUCUGGUGAGAAACUCGCACUUGAGGACGACGUUGUUACGGUUGAAGACGGUGAAGAUGGUGAACAAUUGGACGAAGACGAGGAGAAUAGUAAAACCAAAAUGACACUUUCUAGACUAUCACCUAACCAAACGGCCAUGCCGUCGCCUCAUGACUAUUAUGCGUCUUCCGUGGGUGACGAAGAGAACCUGGAACCUCGAGGUCUCUCGUCGAACGGUCCUCAAAAUUUCUCGCGACUUUCCCCUAAUUCCGUGGCCUCACCACCUUCUGAGUAUUAUGGACAAAACGAGGAAAAUUUGGAACCUAGAAUUCUCUCCCCUUACAGCGGUGCUGGCGAUAGCGAGGAAGGUGCUACGACCGUUUACGCGGCUAGUCCGGAAGCUUUCUCGGGGGCCCUUUAUUAUAAACAGGAGAUCGCUGAGACCGGCGAAUUUAUGGACGUUGUCAGUUGGUGGGAACAGGAACAGGGUCGACUGGUGCAUCAUACUCAACAACACACUCAGAGGUUGGCACAUGUGUAACUCGUAAGAUUACUUUAGUGACAAUUAGUAAGAAGAAUACUGAACGUGCAGCAAUCUAAAUCUACUGAUCUCACGAACCCGAAAAAAGGAGAAAUCGCCGUACGAUUAAAUCUCCAUCGGAAUAAUAUUAGUACUUAUCGCCUAAAGUACUUUCAUUCUCGACCACUGCCUAAACAGUCUUUCUUACUCGAUUUUUCUUAUUUUCUUAAAAAAAAAAAAAAUGAUCCUUGCGGUAAUGCAUUACCAAUAGAAUUAUAUCUUAACAUAAACAGAGAAUAUAGUGAAAAAAUUAAUUAUAAUCAUAGUUCAAAACGAUCAAAUUUGAACAAAAUUAUUCUUAAUAUAAUAUUGAGAGACAGAUUUUUUCCUACACACACUUUUCACACGUAUACACACGUAAACGCUUGUUAUUGAAGAUAUUUUAUAAAAACAUAAACUAUGUAAGCAUUUAAAUAUUUAUAACGAUGAUAAAGGGUGCCUUAAAAGUAUGAGUAACAUUCUAAAACGAUCAUAAUGAUCCAAUGGACCAAUGAUAUUUAAAUAAUUAAAAUAUAUUAUCGAUUAAUUUCGAUUGUGUUGCCAAGUUUUUCUAAUGAAGUCAUUAAAAUAUUCGUCUUUUUAACAAAUAUAUGUACAUUAAAUGUUUCUCGUUUGCCACAUAAGACUCUCAUCGAAGAGAUUCUGCUUUUAUUAAUCUAUUAUGCUGUUAUAUUGUGAGAAAGACGAUAUACAGGUUGUUUCGUUAAUGCUAAUAAAAUUGAGA